CUCCACGCUCACUAGGCCUCGGGAGGCUAACAUGCACCACUUUCUUCUGGCAGAUACCUCAUUUCCAGAGACUUGAGAAUCUCCGCAUUCACCAACCGUCAAGAUGGUCCGCACUUCCGUCCUCCACGAUGCCCUCAAGAGCAUGAACAACGCCGAGAAGGCCGGCAAGCGCCAGGUCCUUAUCCGCCCUAGCUCCAAGGUCAUCAUCAAGUUCCUCAGCGUCAUGCAGCGUCACGGCUACAUCGGCGAGUACGAGUACAUUGACGACCACCGCUCUGGCAAGAUCGUCGUCCAGCUCAACGGCCGUCUCAACAAGUGCGGUGUCAUCUCUCCCCGCUACAACGUCCGCCUCGCCGACCUCGAGAAGUGGGUUGUCAAGCUGCUCCCUGCCCGUCAGUUCGGCUACGUCGUUCUCACCACUUCCGCCGGUAUCAUGGACCACGAGGAGGCUCGCCGCAAGCACGUGGCCGGCAAGGUCAUUGGUUUCUUCUACUAAGCGAGGGAGUCGGAACCCAAAAAAAAAAAAAAAAAGUCUUUUUUUUUACAUGGAAAAAAAGGGUCAUGGGGCAUUUGGAG